ACGUGCUCGCUAAAAGUAUCAGUACAGCAGCAGAAAACUGCUAGUCUCGCAGAACGAAAUGCCUCUUGUAGAGUUUGCACCGCUUCGCAUCCCUCUUCACCGUCGAUUAGAAACCGCAGCUGUUGCGCUUUACUAUUACUCGUUCUUUUUCGGAGCAUUGAUCGGGACCUUGAUUAUUCUCGGCCUGUUUUUCACCUCAUACUAUCCCAUCGCCAUUUUGUAUCUGAGCUGGGCCUAUCUCAUCGAUGGACGCACCCCAGACCACGGAGGGCGGCGAUCUAACUUCGUAAGAAGACUGCGAGUGUGGAAAUAUUUCAGGGAUUACUUUCCGAUCAAGUUGAUCAAAACAGAGGAACUUGAGCCGAGCAAGAACUACAUAUUUGGCUACCAUCCUCACGGGAUUCUGUGCUCGGGGGCCUUCUGUAAUUUUGCCACCGAAGCCACAGAUUUUAGUGGUAUUUUUCCGGGAAUAACUCCACAUUUGUUACCGCUUAUGGCCUUGUUUAAGCCUCCAUUAUUCCGUGACUAUAUCAUGAGCAGCGGAAUGUGUAAUGUCACUCGUGAGAGCUGUGAGUACAUACUGACCGAGAAGGGACCUGGUAAUUCAGUCGUGAUCGUGGUGGGAGGGGCUGAGGAGGCAUUUGACGCUCAUCCUGGAACUUACACCUUAAUCCUGAAGCCACGGAAAGGAUUUAUCAAACUUGCCCUGCGAACUGGAGCCUCUCUUGUUCCAGUGUUUGCCUUUGGUGAAAAUGACCUUUUCAACCAAGUAAGUAACCCUCGAGGAUCAAGGCUACGAGACAUUCAACUCAAAAUUCAAAAGAAAGUUGCAUUUGCUCCUGUUCUUUUUCAUGGACGUGGAAUUUUCCAGUACACAUUUGGAUUACUGCCACACAGGAAACCAGUCAAUGUUGUUGUUGGGGCUCCUAUUCCUGUUACAAAAGUUGAAAAACCAACUCCUGAACAACUUGAUGAUCUUCACGCCACUUACACUGAAAAACUCAAGCAGCUGUUUGAAGACAACAAAGCCAAGUAUGGUGUUCCUGAGUCGACUGAGUUAAUUAUUUACUGAAAUUUAACUUACGUACAGCUCAGUAGUAUCAGAUUUGCUAUUGUUUCUUUGGACUUCAGGUUUUAUUCAUGUUCAAUGCAUGUGUGAUGA